CUUUGAAAGUGAUGCAUCUUUCAUGUAUUCCUGCCUGUUGACGGACUGAAUCGUCAGCAUUCUCAGGCCAAAAUAAUGGCUCACUCUCGCCGAGAAAAUGAGACUGCCAAAUCGCUUUUCCGAAGACUGGAGGUUUUGUUUGGUGUCACAUAGCUAGAACCCUGUAUAGAUGCCUAGAGAACCUCAUAGCCGUCCGCCGUGACUCCACUUGUGUCGGGAGAGUACAGUCAACGAGACAUACCGGGAAUGACCUCCCGAAUAUCUUUCUCGCAGUACCGGUUAGAAGCGGAGAUCGAGAAGUAUCGUGCAGAAUGUCAGUGGGAUAAGAUACCGUCUAUGGUGGAACAACUGGCUGCAGCCCGCUUUCAUGACGACGAUGACUAUGGCACACUGCUAUUGGCUGAAAGUUUGCUGGAGGAGUGUCUUCUGGAGAAUGUGAGUCUAUUACGAUGCUCCACCCCCUUGACAGACCACUCCCACCCGAAACUGGCCCGUGCCAAAGCACAUCUCAACAAUGUCCUGAGCCGGGGACGCAUGGAGCCAAAGUACUUUAACGAAGCCCUCGUCCUAAUGGCCAAAGUGCACUAUGCCCAGGGCCGUUACCGUGACUCCCAGGGCAUGUGUGCCCGUGCGGGCAUCGAUGAGCUGAUGCGUGAUGAGCGGCCCAUCUACCACCUGCGCCUCCUGGCAGAGGCCUUCGUCAUCAAAGGGCUGUCUCUUGACCAUCAGGCCAUGUCUGCAGCGUCUCGUGUCCGUCUGUCAGAGAGAGAUGAGGAGUGUCUUUCCUGCUACCUCAGAGGCUGCGACACAGCUCUGCUCUACUUACAGGAGCUGGACAAGACAGUGAUGACCCCCAGCACUAAGACAGCUAAGACCAGUGUGUCAAUUCCCCCACUUGAGAUGGAGCCUGGAUAUUUCCUACAGGCAGCACUGCAGAGUGCAUACCUCUCUCUACUGCACAAAGGGCACUUGGCUCAGGGGACCCACCAGCUGCGGCGGGUGCUGAGGGUGGUGGAGUCGCGCGGCUCACAGAACUUCCGUAAGGCGGUAGCGAGGCGGUUAGCAGAGGUCUUGCUGAGCUCUGUGAGUGAGGACGGCUACUGGAGCCCCACCGCUCCCCCUCCCCCCGCCUGGCUCAACAAGGAGGGGACCAGCCAGUCUAAAGACAUGAUAUACCCCAGCCCCAGACCCCCCCAGAGAUACUGCACUGACAGCUCUUUCUGCCCUCAGGACGUGGUGGAGGAGGCUGUGCUGCUGUUGCUUAUCACAGAAUCCAUGGCCAGUGCAGACGCGGUACUCAGCCUAGCUCCAGAACACAAGGAAGCCAGAGAGACCAGCAUGUCGGAGGCCUCCUCCAUCUACGACCUGCUGAGCAUCGGCAUGGCCAGGAGGGGGCAGUACGCCAUGCUCUCUGAGUGCUUGGAGCGGGCCAUGAAAUUCUCCUUCAAUGAGUUUCAUCUCUGGUACCAGCUGGGCUUGUCACUCAUGGCGAGUGGGAAGGGUAUCGCUGCUGUAUCAGUGCUGAAAGAAUGUGCCAAGAUGAGACCUCAGGAUCCCACUCCCAGCUUGCUCGCAGCCAAGAUCUGCAUCAACCAACUUCACAUGCUUGAGGAGGGCGAGGCGUUGGCUCAGAGUGUAGUUAUCAUGGCAGAAGAAGCAGGAGAAUCUCUUCCCAGGGCGCACCUGGCUGUGGGACUGUGCUGCAGCUUGAGGGCAUCUGACGCCUCUCUGAAGUUUGAACGGGAUGAAUUCAAUCAACGGGCACUUCAGGAAUUACAGAAGGCUCAUGCACUAGACCCUCAGGAUCCCCAGAUUGCUCUCUACCUCGCCAUGCAGCUUGCACUGGUCAGGCAGGUGUCAGCUGCGAUGGAGCCACUGCAGAUGGCACUGGCUCUGCGCAGCGAUGAGCUGCACUCCCUCCACCUGCUGGUCCUGCUGCUGAGCGCCCAGAAGCACGAGCAGCAUGCCCUCGACACAGUCGCACUUGCCCUCAGCCAGCACCCCGAAAACUUCAAUCUUCUCUUCACAAAGGUGAAACUUGAAGAGGUGGUGUGUGGCACUGCAGUGGCUCUACAGACCUGUGAGGACAUGCUUCAGAUGUGGCAGAGCCGCUAUGACUGUACACGGUCCAGUGAGGCAGAUGACACUAGCAGUAUCCCCCCACCAGAACCUGGCCACCUCAGCCGGAAACCCAGUGGCCUCCAUCUGACCCUACCAGAUUUUCAGGAGACAGAGACUGGUUCUCAGAGUGCUCCCUCAUUGGCUGUCUCCCGUCUGGAGGCCGCAAUGUCUGAGGUGUCAGUGUUAAGCUCCGCCCACAGACAAGGCCCCGCCUACAUCUGGACCACCCUAGAACGCAUAUGGCUGCAAGCAGGCGAGCUCUUUAUGGCUGAGGGCCGUCUGAAGGAGGCCCAGUUCUGCGUGCAGGAGGCCGGCACCCUCUUCCCCUCUUCCCACUCGGUGCUGCUGCUGAGGGGGAGGCUGGCCGAGCAGCGGGGCAACCUCCUGGAGGCCAAGAGCCUCUACGAUGAGGCCGCCGCCAUCAACCCGCACGGACACCAUAUACUACUGCACCUGGGUAAGCUGCUGGUGCGCAUGGGCCGUGUCUCCCUGGGUGAAAAGGUGCUGCGGGACGCGGUGCAGGCUCAGAGCACGUCGCACGAGGCCUGGAGCGGCCUGGGGGAGGCGCUAGAGAGCCGAGGCUGCAACCAGGCUCCAGAUUGCUUCCUCACCGCCCUGGAGCUGGAGGCCAGCUGUCCCAUCAGGCCUUUCACCAUCAUCCCCCGUGAACUUUGACCUCAGACACAUGUAUACUAGGACUGACGAGCAUGUAUAUGCACACACACACACACACACACACACACACACACACACACACAGAAUAUUGAGAAGAGUAUGGACACACCUGCACAUACACACACUGAGAUAAGAAUGCACUUGCACACACACACACACACAGACAGGCGCACUACCAUCUUCCACGAUCACAUGUUAACAUUGACAUAUACACCACUAACUGUACAGCUCUCAUGUACAAUUGGGUAUGCAUACAUACAUAGAUGUAUAGAUGUAAAUGUAUGGGUACACACACACACUUGCAUAUAACGCCACUUCAUGUUGACAGACAUACACACACAGUACACAAUAGUACACAUACAGAAAAACAUAUUGUCAUAUUCAUAUACAACUAUAUAUGUCUUGCUGCUUGUUCACGAUUGACCUCUUGUAUACAUCUGUAUACACACUUAAGACUACUCACAUCUAGCUGUGUAUUCAUCACAGCCUGUCUAUUUCCCCCCCUCUCUGUCUGUCUCUCUCUUCACACACACACACACACAAAGAUUUCCCAUUCUCUCCCAGGAAUUCAUAUAGCCAUAUUUCCCGUCCAUUAAUUCACUUUCGCCUCUCCAGCAAAUCUCUCUGCAUAAUCCCAGAUUAUCUGCAUUUUUAAAGUCCAUUAUCUGUGUGUGGGUUUGUGUUGGUAUGUGUGUAUGUAUGUAUGUGUGCACUACUCUACUGCAGCAGGGCUGCCCUACUCUGGAUCAUGUUUAUGUUGUUGUGACUGUCUCUCUACCCCCCCCCCCCCCCCCAAUACCUCCACCUCUGUCUCUCCUCUCUCCAUAAUGAAUGCUUUUAAAACCAGCCCUCCGUGUGUGUGUGUGUGUGUGUGUGUGUGUGUGUGCGCUCUCUCUCUGUGUCUCAUCCAUGUCACUCACUCACUCACCCAUGCUUAAUCCUCAUCAAUACAUAAAGCUAUCAUGGCAGCACCCCCCCCCCCCCCCCCCCUUCAGUCCCAUGGCAGUAACUGAUCUGGAAGGGCUUAUGUAAUGAAACGUAACGUGGUGGUAGGGGUGCCGGGUUGAGCUGAGCUCUCAGCGUCCCACUCACGGGGCCCGACCACACACAAGCGCUACUGGCCCGGCAUGGGCAGACGGAGUCCGGUUCCCUAGCAGCAGUGCCUUGUUUUUUUAUGGCCAGGGGAGGAUGUGAGGGUAGUUGACCUGGGCUUGCCCUUACAGGAGAAAGAGCAGCUACGGUGAUGUUAGUGUGUGUGUGUGUGCGUGUGUGUGCGUGGUGUUAGAUAUAAUGAGAGCAUUAGAAAAUGAAGGUGUGUGUGUGCGUAUGUAUGUAUGUGCGUAUGUAUGUAUGCAUGUAUUUGAGUGUAUGUUUAUUGAGUUUGCGUGAUUGUGUGUGUGUGCGUGCACGUGUGUCAGGCUUAUUAAACAGAUGACUGAGUCCAUGUCAAUGGUCUACUGGCUGUUAUGUAAUUGUUUUAAGAAUGUCCCUUGAAGCUAAAUGGAUUUAAUUGUCUGAGAACCUGACCUAUACUGCUGUACCAUGAACUGUACCUCUUCCUUCAGCUGAAAGCCCUACUCUUUAUGAGCUGGUUUUUGCAUACAUAACAAAUCUAGCCAAACCCAAAGAUGCAUCAAGGUUUAAAUAUGACAUUUUGGAAAACAACUGAUUCUAAAAUGCAUUAAUUACCAGUUGAGCUAUCGGUUUGGGGUUUUACUUAUCGGUUUUGGUGGUUGGAAAAUAAAGUAAACAAAUGAAUGAUU